AUGAUAGGUUUACUGGAUCAGAAUGAAUCAUUAAUAGAUAUUAAGAGAGAAAUAGCUGAACUACAAGAACAGGUAUCAGUAAUGAGUGUACAUAUACUAAAUAAAAGAGAAGAGAAUGAAGAAUAUAGAGAUGUAAUAAAAGAGUGGAGGGAACAACUUACAGUGACUUCAUCAGCUGCAAAAGAAACUGAAACUGUUGAAUUGAUAGAUGAAGAUGAUGAUAAAGUGAAUAAACCAACAGCAGAAUCUAUUUUUAUUGCUCGUUAUGACUAUCAUGCAAUGGAGAGUGAUGAAAUAUCAUUCAGUGAGGGAGAGCAGCUGGAGAUAUAUGAGAAGGAGAAUAAUUUUUGGUGGAAAGGAAGAUCCUUGGUGUCUGGUGAUGAAGGAUUCAUUCCUA